AUGUUUCGAGGGGUGUUCGGCCGCGCGCCUGACCCUCCGCCGAGCCAACCGACUCCCCCUCAGGCUCCCCCCGCGCACACCAACCCGCUCUCCGCGCAUUCAUACCCUUCCCCCUCCCCCAACGCGCCCGGCUCCGCGGAAGCCGCCGCCGCCGCAGCUGCCGCCGCUGCUGCUGCUGGGGGUCCGCGGCAAUAUCAAGAAGCGAGAGACGUGGGGAGGGCCGGCGGCGGCGGUGGCAGGGGAGGGGGGAACUUAGGGGGAGGGGGAGGCUACGGCGGAGGGGGGAGUUACGGGGGUGGGGGGGAUCAAAGGGGACCUGCGGGAAGGGGUGGGGGAAGAGGGGGGAGUUUAGGGGGAGAAGGAGAGAUGGGGGGGAUGGGGGGGUAUUCGGGUGGGCCCCCACCUAUGGGUAUGGCACAGGGAGGGAUGGGAGGGGUGGGAGGCAUGGGAGCGGUGCAGCAGCAACUGUUACCCGUGCUUGAAAGCAAGAGCCCGGAGGAGCUAUUUCAGCUUCUGACGGACCCCAAGUCGUAUCAGCAGCUGCUGGAGGAGAUGCCGCAGCUUAAAGAAAUGACCAAGGUGGUGGAUGACCUAAAGAAGGGCAACGAGGAACUCGCCAGGUCGACUCUGGCAAUGGAAGCAGACAUGUCCGAGCUGAGAACACAGUGUCGCAUCAUUAGGGGCACGGAGCUGGCUUCUCUGGAAGAGAGGUUGGCGCAGAUGGUGGAGCAGCAGAGGGCUCUCACGGACAAAUGGAGUCCUGGAGCUCUCGUGCAACAGUUGAAAGAUAAAGCAGAGGAAGUAAAUCGGGAGGCGGAGGAUUUGAGGAGCAGGUUUCUUGCAGGGGAGGUGGAGUUGAGUCUAUUCAUGAGGGAAUACCGGAAGAAAAAAGAGCUUUAUCACCGGCGCAUGCAGACUUGCUAUGCGGCUUUGUCCACACUUACGCUGGAUCACCGGCCAUGCGCGGACGAGGCGGGGCGGUUCUGUGUCGACGUGGAGGUGGGCAAUCGAACGAUGGAGCGGUGCCUCACCAUGCAGUACACGCUGCUGCAGCUCGCGUCCACCACUGAUGGCAAUCCCCUCAUUCCAGCCUUUUCUGGCGUCUUGCUUGGUUUCCCUCUGGCUUCGCUCUUUCCUCUCGCCCGCCUUCACUUCACAGCCAACCUCACGGAUAACUUCUCCGACAAGUGUCUGGAUGACAUCCGCAACUUCAAGAUCCAAGUCUACAAGAACAUCUCCAUCGACAAAGAGUGGAUGGAGGACUGCAAGGAGGACGUGGCGUCCUUCUGUGACGACAAGUUCCUCUACCCCGGAGUCGGCAGCGUGCUCGCAUGCCUACGGGAGGCGAAGGCGAGCGAGCGCCUGUCAGACCUGUGCAAGAACCGUGUGUUUGAGGCGCAGAGGGACGCGGCAGCAGACAUGGCGUUUGACCCACAGCUCAACCAGACGUGCGCUGCCGACGCCCAGAGGCUGUGCAAAGGAGUGCCCGCAGGGGAGGGGCGUGUUCAGGACUGCCUGCGCCAGCAGCGCACGGGUCUCAGCUGGGACUGCAUGUCGGAGCUGUUCCGGCAGGAGGUGGAGGGGUCAGGAGACAUCCGCCUCAACGUGCGCCUCUUCAAAGCUUGUCUGCAGGACAAGAGGCGCUUCUGCCCCGACGUGCCGCCCGGGGAUGCGCGGGUGAAGGACUGCCUGGAGGAGCACCGGCUGGAGGCUGACUUCUCCAAAGGCUGCAAGGUGGAGUUUGACAAGAUGAUGGAGAGGCGCGCAUCAGACUUCAGGCUGGAUUUCAACCUGCAGAAGUACUGCCACAAAGACAUUGUCGAGACGUGCUACCAGGAUGCGUCAGACAUGACGGGGGCGGGGGGUAGUUCAGACGCCAAGGUGAUCCAGUGCCUGCAGGACUACAGGGACGAGCUCAAGGACCCGCGCUGCAGGCAGCAGGUGCAUAUGCUGACCAAGAGAGCUGCAGAGGACAUUCGUUUUGACCGCGCUCUGGUUGAAGCGUGCAAAGACCCCUGUGCUUCCCUCUUCCUCCCCUCUCUGCCCUCCUUGAAUGACAGACGACUGGCAGGAGCACUGUGCGUCAGUGCCCAAGGGGCAGGGAAGGGUUUUCAUGUGCCGGCAGGACUCUCUCCUAGUCCCUCACACUCCCCGUCCCCUACCUAUCACCCCCACACACCAGACGACUGGCAGGAGCACUGUGCGUCAGUGCCCAAGGGGCAGGGAAGGGUGUUCAUGUGCCUGCAGGACAACCGGGGGAAACUCAAGGGUCCGUGCAAGGAGGCGCUCUUCCGAGAGGAGGUGCGGUUCGCGGAGGACAUAGACUUCAAGUUUGCCAUCCGCAAGGCGUGCUCGGACGAGCUGCAGCGCCUCUGCAAAGACAAGGAGGACGCGAUGGCAUGUCUGCAGGAGCACAUGGGGGAUGCGGACAUGAGCAAGGGGUGCAGCGAGGAGGUGAAGAGCGACCAGCAGCACGCUGCAGAGGGUGAGGGGGUAGGGAGCACCCAGGACUACCGCCUCAACUUCCGCCUCGCUAGAGAGUGCUUCGCUGACGUGCAGAAGCUCUGCAUGCACACAUGCGAUGAAGGCGCCCUCCUGCCCUCCUCCUCCUCCUCCCCUGCAUCCCUGCCGGUCACGUGUGGCGGUGCCACUCUGCGCUGCCUCACCAGCGCCGUUAGCAACAUCACCUCUGCCACGUGUCGCGAUGAGGUGUUCCACUUCCAGAAGCAGGAGGUCGCUGACGUGGCGCUGGAUGUGCCUCUGCAGGUGGCAUGCAUGGAGGAUGUGAAGGAGAGGUGUGGGGGCGAGAGGGACCACAGCAAGGCACUGGCGUGCCUGAGGCAGAACAGAGAUGCACUGUCAGAGGGGUGCAAGGAGGAGGAGCUGCGGUUCAGUGAGAUGGAGGCGUCUGAUAUCCGCCUCACCCCCACACUCAUGAACGCAUGUGGCUUGGAGCUGCACCAGUUCUGCCGAAAAGUGCCGCCCGCUGCCGGCCAGGCCUUCCGAUGCCUGCAGCUGCACGUGCAGGAGCCGGGCAUGAGCGUGGCAUGCCGGUCAGAGGUGGACCUGCAGACAACUCGCCAGUCAAAGUAUUACAAGCUGGACGCGGCAGUGAAGCAGCAGUGUGGGGAGGACGUGGAGCGGCUGUGCAAGGUGGUGGAUGAGGGCCGGGAGGGCCACGCGCUCGUGCUCAAGUGCCUCGUGGACUACCAGUCCGACCUCUCUGCCAGCUGUCACACAGAGGUGGCCUAUGCAGUGCGCAUGGCCCUGUGGAUGUACCACCGUGGAUCCGACCUAACCAAGGGCUGCGAUGCAAUCAUUGAUUCCCGCUGCGCCAACUACACCACCACGAGCGGCAGCAGCAACCGCAGAGCAAGCGUGUCAGGAGCAGUGGUGGGGCAGUACGCGCAGUGUCUGAUGGAUCAGCCCAAGGAGGCGCUGGGGAAUGAGUGUUUGCCGCUGGUGGCGCUGGUGGGGAAGGAGGGCGGGCAUGUGGGGGGGGAGAUCAGCAGCGAGCUGCUUCAAGAGACCCUCAACAAGAUUGCCCUUCUUCAGCUCUCUCAAGGUGGAUCCUCCAGUUCUGUGGCUUCUCGUUCUGAAGGGCUUGUGUUAACUGGAUGGGUGGCAUUUACCGCGGUCACUGCGCUAACAGCCCUGCUCCUGGCUGUUGCCUAUGGAGUCUACCGCAAGUACUUCGAUCCCACGCGCAAUUAUACGGUUAUGGUAAAAGCUGGGGACGUUUGA